AUGAGUGGCUUGUUCAUAUUGGGAUCCACUGGGCUAGUAGGAUCCCAAACUGUCAAAUAUGGUUUAGAAUCCAAAGAAUUUGAUAAGGUAGUUACUGUUACCAGAAGUUUACCUGAUUUUGCUACAGAUAGUAAGGUAGACUCAAUUGUUGAAUCUGAUACGCUGAAAUGGUCAGACAUCAUCCACAAUAUCAAGCCGAGCCCCUUAGCCUUUAUUUCGGCAUUUGGAACUACUCGUGCUAAAGCAGGUUCAGCUGAAAAGUUCAAAGAGAUAGAUUAUGGUAUUAACUACGAAAGUGCUAAAGCAGCUAAAGCCAAUGGUGCCAAAGUAUGUGUUUUAGUCUCGGCGUAUGGUGCAAGUGCAACCUCACUCUUUUUAUAUAUGAAGACUAAGGGAGAGCUAGAAGACGCUAUAAUUGAUUUGAAAUUUGAUUAUACUAUAAUUUUGAAACCUGGGGUUUUAAUUGGGGAGAGGAAAGAAGAUCAUGGACUCGGAAACUCCUUAGCUAUGAAGGUGGGCAAAUGGGUUCAAGGAACUUGGCUCUCACCUCUUGUGCAGCCUAUUGAUGCUAGUGAUGUUGGUCGUCUUGCUAUUGAUUUUGCCGAGCGUGGGUUAAAAGGUGAUUUGAAAGAAAGUGUUUUAAAAGUGGGUGCUCCUGAAAUGAUCAAACUUGCUGAAAAUUUCAAGCUGGUCUAG